GCCCAAGCGGCUGUUGUGCCGAGCGCGCACACGCAGGUGGCUGUGCAGACGCAGCGGAGCUUUCCCCUGCGCGCUCAGACUUUCCGCAGUUUUGUCUCACUCGGCGCCAAGGCAGCUCAGGGUUGAUUUCAUCAUCAGGCGCGCGGUAGUCCGCGCUCACGCCUCCCACUUCGCUUCCCAGAGUGAUCUGUGUUUGGACGGAGGACCCCAUUUGCUCCUGAGGACAGAAUGACAGGGGAGCGCACUGACGGAGACGCUGACGAGGAGUUUCUGCAGUCGCCCUUCAUCCGAAAGCAGGGGAACAUAUACAAGCCAAACAACAAAGACAUGGACAACGACAGCGUAAACGAGAAGACGAUGGAUGAUGUCCACACCAAAGAGAUAGAUCUAGUCAACCGGGACCCUAAACAAAUAAACGACGACGUUGUCAAGGUGGACUUCGAGGACAUCAUCGCUGAGCCAGCAGGGACCUAUAGUUUUGAUGGUGUGUGGAAAGCCAGCUUCACCACCUUCACCGUCACCAAGUACUGGUGCUACCGGCUGCUGACGGCUGUGGUCGGCAUCCCCCUGGCACUGAUCUGGGGAAUCUUCUUUGCCAUCCUGUCCUUCUUGCACAUCUGGGCCGUGGUGCCGUGCGUCAAGAGCUACCUGAUCGAGAUCCACUGCCUCAGUCGCGUGUACUCCAUCUGUGUGCACACCUUCUGUGACCCGCUGUUUGAGGCCAUGGGCCGGUGCUUCAGCAGCAUCCGAAUCCGCACGACCAAGGAGGUGUAGCGGCCGGCAAACGGGUGGAGGAAAAAAGAACUGGGGUUGGGGGGGGGGGGUAGCUGGAGCUAAGACCAGGGACUCUGGGAAAAACAAGGGGAGUUACUGGGGAUGUUGGGGGGGGUGUUGUUCUGCUAGAAUCUGUCUUUGGCUCUGCUAUGCCGGUGUUAUUAGGUGAAACACUCAAGCUCCAUUUUUAAUGCCACAUGCAUCCUUCCACUCUAUCUGGAGCUGAUCACACAUGGAUUCAUGCAUCCAAACUCUGCCGUGCUCUUUGAGGCGGGCGGAGCCGAUCCUGGGGGGGUCAUGAGGGUAAAACUACAGACAAAGAGUGAGUGCAGCCAUGUUUUGGCUGACUCAGCAGAAAUGAAACAAAAAGUCAUUGACAGCAGCACAACCCCCCCCCCUCCCCAUCUCAUCUCUCGCCCCAUCUCCCCAACCUGCCCCCCCCCAUUCUGCAGUUAAUUACACUGAGCUUUCCCACCUUCCAGCACGUAUCUUCCUGUCUUCUGCCACGCCCUCUUCUCUGGGAUGUGUACGUCAUCCCUCUCUCUUUGUCUCAAACACAUUUUAGUUUUCCUCCAUCGUCUCCACAGCUGCAGGAAAAUGUGUCAGAGAAACCUCUGUCACCUCACCUGGUGGGUGUGUUUUUUUUUGGGUCCGCUGUGUUGUUUUGUCUGACUGAAGCUCAGUGCCUUUCAAAGAUCCACAACUUGUUUUUUUUUUCCACUCUUUGAAUAUGAUGAACAUUGAGGGGUUGACUUCAUUGCAAUUGGUUUGAUGCCAUACGCAUGCGGGAUCCAGGAAGCUGUGGCCUCUCAUUCCACUGUGUUUCUAGUGAGCUGCCAAAAUAAGAGUCUCAAUUUGAGCUGCCAAAAUAAGAGUCUCAACUUUGCAGAUGCACCAACAGCCACGCUUUCACACCCAUUUGUGUCGACUUUGUAAUGCACUGUGGUACACUCACAUGCAUCGGAAUUAAGACAAUGUGAGGACAAAUAUGAAGCUUUUACUAAUAUGGGACCUCGUCUGUUUUCUUUGUUUUUGCUCUGCCAAACUUUGUGACUGUGGAUGCACGGGAGCAUCAUAGUGACACCUCCACUCCGGGACAUGGCCUGAUCCAGGGUUCGGGCAGCUUGACCGGACGGUGCUUUGUUUUCUAGAGACACUAAGCUUCAACUGUCUGCCACCUUCAGUGUACCUGCUGUCUUCUCACAGGAACAUCGCAGCACCUGUUUCUUGAGAUGAUUUUUUUAGCUCUGAAGGUGAAAUUUUUAUAAGAAAUAUUUUGUAAUUUUCUCACUCUAUUGUAUAUUAUCACGCUGUGCACAUUAAAAUGUAAUAUAAUCCAC